UGCCCACGACUGCUGACGGACUCUGUUGUAUUAGCUUGUUAGCGAGUUGUACACUGUCCAGCAUUUUCUCUACAAUUUUGGAGCAAUACGUAAAUGACUUCAGUAUCUUCGAUUUCUUAUUCAAAACAAAACCUGCUGUACAGGCUUCAGGUCAUCACUUUAGAAAACCAUGUUUUCUUUAUAAUGGUUUCUAUAGCAUUCGGUAAGUUGCAAACUAAUUUGAUAAAUGUUCUCUUUUUGUUAGCCAUGGAAUCAGGGCCAAUUGAAGUAGCAGCCCUUGGAAGACCUCUGUAUCCGGGAAUGCUUUAUGACUGCCGCAUGGAUUCCUUCAUUCCAGGUGUUACUCUGUGGAAUAAGAAAUCCUUGAGCGAAGAUUUGGACACACGUCCGCAGCUCCUGACAGAUUUGAAGUUCAGUAGCUCAGACUCUCUCUCUAGUAAGUCUAGUCUCCUGGAUGUAAGUGCUUCCCUGAAAGCCAGCUUCAUGGGGGGGCUGGUGGAGGUGGGAGGAUCUGCCAAGUAUCUGCAUGACACCAAAUCCUCAAACCAGCAGUCCAGAGUAACAAUGUAUUACAAAGAAACCUCCAGUUUUGAACAGCUUACUAUGACCCAGCUGGGACAGAUCACCUACCCUCAGGUAUUUGAACAGAAAACAGCAACUCAUGUGGUCACAGCUGUGCUGUACGGAGCUCAGGCCUUCAUGGUGUUUGAUCGGACAUUUUCCAAAGACCAAAACAAGCAAGAGAUUGAAGGAGAACUGAAUGUCAUGGUCAAGAAGAUCCCUCAAUAUUCAAUUGAAGGAAAGGGAGAUGUACAAAUGACAGAGGAUGAAAAGAAAAGGGUUAACAAUAUUAGCUGUACAUUUCAUGGUGACUUCCAUCUUGAGCAGAACCCCACCACAUACAUGGAGGCCCUGAAUUUGUUCAAGCAGCUCCCCACUCUGCUAAAGAAGAAUAAGCAGAAUGGGGUUCCCAUAAAAGUCUGGCUGUAUCCUCUUCAUUUAUUGGAUAACAAAGCAGCUCAGUUGAAGAGAGAAAUCUGCACAAGUUUGGUUUCCAUCACUGAAGAUAUAAUUGAGGGCCUGGGAGAAGCAGAGAGGACAUGCAAAGACCUGUCCAGAAGUGCAAUGGAAAAUUCUUUCAGUGAUAUCAAAGAGAGGCUGCUCUCAUUUCAGGCCUCAUUUAGCACUUACAAGAUCAUGUUCAUGAAAGCAGUGGCAAAGGUCUUGCCUGGCAUUCGAGAAGGACAGAUGGAGGAGAAAUCACUGAAAGACAUCUUGGGAAUCCACAGAAGCUCUCCUUUUAAUGAAGGCAUGCUUAACCAGUGGUUAGGUAAUGCAAAGUCUGAACUUCACCUCUUGAGUUCUCAAACCGAGAAGCUGAAGGGGAUCGCAAUUAAAGACUUGGAUGGUCUCAACUCCAUCCUCCUUGAUCCUGAUAUUGAUGAUGUGGUGUGCUUGACUUUCACAUCUCUGAAGUAUGAAGACCCGUAUCUUUUAACACUUAAGGAGUACCUGAAUUCUGACAAGUUUCAAGAGCAAGAUGGGCAGGGGAAAAUGUUUUCUAUGGCACCUUUCAAAAACUGGUUCAAUGAUUCUGAUAUCAUAGUAAAGAUGAGAGAGAACAUGUGUCAUUUCAGGCAUUUGUCAGAGAGCAAUACAGAUGCAAAGAGAAUCUGCUUCAUUAUUUCUGCCAUUUCCGAUCCCUCCAGUCAAGGCUCCUCCAUCUAUCUUUAUGAAAAAGGGAAACUGACAUGCACACAGGUAAAGUUCAUGUCACUGCCACCACCGAUAGUGAAGGUUGUCUCGGACAAAUCUGUGUCCCUGAAACUGUGGAAGUCCCCACGUGAAGAAAUAGUGCAGUACAGAGUGGAGUACAAGGAGGUAAAAGCAGGUUCUGGAGCUGAGGAACAGUGGCUUGCCAAAAACACAGCUUAUGAAGACUACACUCUGACUGGAUUGGAGCCUGGAAAGCAGUACUUGAUCCGCUACAUGACAGUGCACAGAAUGGGAGCGAGUCAAGCUAGUGAUACUGUCAACAUUGUAUCUUCUUCAGGUAAGUGCAAUUCACACAGUCAUUAUUUGGGUUUGACAACUGUUUUAAAUAACAGAUGUGACUUUCAAACUGUCCUGAUCACACUGCAGCUUACAUACAGUAUUCAAGCUGCUACUAUAUGAAUUAAUAACUACUGUAAUACCAAGCCCCUUUUCGGUCCUCCUAAUAGAGACUAACUGAUGUGAAUGAGAAGGUGAUUUCCUUAACACUGCAAAGUUUUAUCUCAGUUCAAGGAACGAGUUUACCCAUCAAAUCUUAAAACCUAUAUCAGGUUUGGGGUUUAUGAGUUUGUAUUUUGAAGAUUUAAAUGCUUGUGUAUGUGAUAUGUUGAUACCUAUGCAACAUAUUAGAAUGACAAGAAUCUUUAAUAGUUUGUUCUUCAAUAACCCAGCCAAAUAUAUAGGCAAACACCCUGCUACAGACACAAUGAGCCAUAAAAAAUCCACAGAGGAAUUUCCCACUUGGAAAUCCUACCUUUCUCAUUGGUCAAGUCAACCCUAAGAGGUGCGACUUCUUCCAGACAAAAGCCCCCACCCAGUUCUUUCCCUUUCUCUUGCUCCAGACUGAUUCUCUGUAGCUCAUGGUCGCCAGGUGGCCUCGACCUGCCCCAGUCAUGUGCUUACAUAGAAGAGAGAGAGAACUCUUCCCAAAGACAAAGGCAAGCCCAGACCGCAAGUUUACUACUAUUUCUACAUUCAACGCAGAAGAAAUCCAUUGCAACUUCAGCACCAUCGGACCAAACUCUUAAAAAUCCCCUGUAGUGAAAAUCAAAUUUUUAAUGUUAUCUAAUAAGACAAACCAUGUGCAAACCAGAUCCUCCUGUCAACACUCAUGUCGAAGGGCAUCUCAGGAACCACACUCCAGUGGUUCGAGUCUUAUCUCUCAGGUAGGUCCUUCAGGGUAUCUUGGAGAGGUGAGGUGUCCAAGUCACAUCAUCUUGCUACUGGGGUUCCUCAGGGCUCUGUGCUUGGACCGCUUCUCUCCUCCAUCUACAUGUUAUCACUAGGAUCUGUCAUUCAGGAUCAUGGUUUCUCAUGGUUUCUAUCACUGUUAUGCUGAUGACACACAACUCUACCUCUCAUUCCAACCAAAUGAUCCGACGGUUGCUGGUUGCAUUGCAGCCUGCCUGAUAGCCAUUUCUGCCUGGAUGACGGACCACCACCUUCAACUCAACCUUGCAAAAACGGAACUGCUUGUGGUCGGUGCCAACCCAACACUUGACCCAGUUAUAGUAGCACUUACCUUGAUUUCUAUUCUUCUUCUAUCUAUUUGUGUAUUUAUAAAAAAAAAAAAAAAAAAAACGACUACGAGCACUUUACCAUCAUAACUGUGACUUCACACAGCACUUACAUACUGUUGUUCUCAUGUCGAUUUGAUUGAUAAAAGCGUCUGCUAAAUGACUAAACGUAAAUGUAAAUUCAUGAGUCGGCACCAUUGCUGAGUAUUUGCUGUUUAAAACUGCAGUGAAAAAAAGAAAGUCUCAAACUUGUGGUUUGAAAUCAAAGGAAAGCAUAUUUACAUUGCCUGAAUCAUUCCUUGCUCUCUAUACAGUGCACUACUUGCCAUUCACCAUGUAGAAACUAGUAAAUAUGUGAAGAAAUGUACCAAUUUCAGCUGCAGCUUUAGCGUCUGUAAGGGGCUGUUCACAGAAUGCUUUAAUUCUAUGUAAAUACGUGCUUGAUGGACUUACAUUACCGUUACGCUUGUGUCUUUUGCAGCGCCUCGUACAUAAGCGAUUAUUUUGUUGUUUUUUGUUUUUCCCCUCAUAGUUCACCGACAAGGUUUGUACUGUAAAUGUGAUUGACUGUUAAAGGUGGGAUAUUUUUUCCUUUUGAAAGAGUGCUCUGACAUAACAGUUCCCUUUCAGCAGUUAUUUUAUCUAUGGUUCGUAACAUUUCUUACAGAUUUCUGCUCGUUGUAAAUCAGAUACAGAUUAGCACAUUACCAGUACAUAAUGAGAGCGAUUGCGUGUGUGAAUUAGUCAUACCGUCUCUCUAUUAAUUGUGAAGCUGUGGGUUGUAAAUAGUUACUUCAAAAGCAGAAAAAUAUAUGCUAUAAGUUUUGAGUUUCUAAGGUACUUUAGUGAUAAAUCGCAUGAUAGCGCUGACAACAAGUCCUCUCUGUGGAAAGUAUUAACAGGAUUCAAAAUGAAAUAACCUACAUGGGAAAAUUACACAGGUUAGAGGUUCAGAAUUUUGGUUUUCAUUACUUUUCGAUUAAUCGUCCAGCCCUACAUAAGCGCUGUGUUUUUAAGACGCCGUGUCAAGUUAAAAGAAUUUCAACUUUUACACCCAGUGCCACUCAUC